UUUUUUUUCGAUUGCUUCUCGGAUUACUUAAGUCCUUAUCCUUUUCGGCCAAGUUAGCGACAGGUCGAGCAUGUCGCCGAAUCGUUGGAUACUCUUGCUCAUCUUCUAUAUAUCGUAUCUGCUGUUUGGCGCUGCCAUCUACUAUCACAUCGAGCAUGGCGAGGAGAAGGAAGCACGGGCCGAGCAGCUAAAGGAACGCAUUCAAAUCUAUGAGUAUCUCAUGGAGCAGUUCGAAAAUAAAAACGUGACCACACAAGACGAGAUUUUGGAUCGAAUUUCGGAUUAUUGUGGAAAGCCAGUUACGGAUUAUACAAAGGAUGAAUACGAAAUACCAUAUACGUGGACAUUCUACCACGCCUUCUUCUUCUCAUUUACCGUCUGCUCGACUGUGGGCUAUGGCAAUAUAUCACCGACAACAUUCGCGGGUCGCAUGAUCAUGAUUGCCUAUUCAGUGAUCGGGAUACCAGUUAACGGUAUACUCUUUGCCGGAUUGGGCGAGUACUUUGGACGUACGUUCGUGGCGAUCUAUAGACGGUAUAAGAAGUACAAAAUGUCCUCGGAUGAUCAUUACGUGCCACCGCAGCUGGGAUUGAUAACUACGGUGUUUAUAGCUCUCAUACCGGGUAUAGCCUUGUUCCUAUUACUGCCAGCGUGGGUGUUUACCUAUUUCGAGAGUUGGCCUUAUUCGAUUUCACUGUACUACAGCUACGUAACGACAUCGACAAUUGGCUUCGGCGAUUUUGUGCCCACCUUUGGUGCCAACCAGCCACGCGAAUUUGGCGGCUGGUUUGUGGUCUAUCAAAUCUUUGUGAUCGUCUGGUUUAUAUUCUCCUUGGGCUACCUGGUCAUGAUAAUGACAUUUAUAACGCGCGGACUGCAGAGCAAGAAGUUGGCUUACUUGGAACAGCAGCUCUCAUCGAAUCUGAAGGCUACACAGAAUCGUAUAUGGACGGGGGUUACCAAGGAUGUGGGCUACUUGCGACGUCUGCUCAACGAGCUAUAUAUACUUAAAGUCAAGCCCGUUUACACCGACACAGAAUUUGCGUAUACAGUGCCUCGGUCGGCCUCCUGCCCGGAGCUCAGCAUGUACCGUGUGGAGCCAGCCCCGAUACCGAGUCGAAAACGCGCCUUUUCCGUCUGUGCCGAAUUGGCUUCACAGGAUCCAACUGCCAUGGUGCAUGCCAAUUCGGAUACGGAGCUAAGCAAAUUCGAUCGCGAGAAGACCUUCGAAACGGCCGAAGCAUAUCGCCAGACAACAGACCUGCUGGCCAAGGUGGUUACCGCUUUGGCCACGGUACAGCCGCCGCCACCGGAGGCUGAUGAUGCCGCCAUGUAUGGCGGCUAUCACGGGUUUUCCGACUCGCAGAUUUUGGCCAGCGAAUGGUCGUUCUCGACCCUCAACGAAAUGUCUACGCCGCGUCGUCCGCGUGGUCGCGCCUGUUCCGAUUUCAAUAUUGAGCCGCCAAGACGACCGCUGCGAGCGCCGCAUAAUCACAACGAAUGGACCUGGAGCGGCGACAAUCAACAGAUCCAGGAGGCCUUUAACAGUCGCUACAAGAACCAGCUCAAUGGCGCCGCAAGUGAUCCGCAUGUGGUGCAUCUCGAGGAGCCGGACAACAUUGAUGAGCAGCUCAAGAAGAGCGGAGCAGCUGCUGGCGCUGGGCGGGUCAAGAAGUUCUCCAUGCCGGACGGGCUGCGCAGGCUGUUCCAUCGCAAGCGACCUUCGCAGGAUCUGGAACGUAAGCUAUCCGUGGUCUCUGUGCCAGAGGGCAUUACAUCGUUGCCCACUCGCUCCCCACUGGACUUCUACAAUAAUACGGUAACGGCAAGCGCCAGCCAAUCCUAUCUGCGCAAUGGCCGUGGCCCGCCGCCACCCUUCGAUUCGACGACCAGCCUCGCCUCCAGCAAUGGCAAUGGCGGCAUCAGCAAUCCGGCCUUCCAUCUGGAUGACUCCGACCAGGCAACCUUCGGCUCGACGGGCGCCUAUCAACGUAAAUCCGUAGCAGCUGGAGUGGCAGCUGGCAAGAGACGUCGCGAGUCCAUCUAUACGCAAAAUCCGGCACACUCCGCUCGACGUGGCAGCAUGUACACGCCGACAGCAACCGCAGCAGCGCUCCAGAUGCAGCGACGCGGCUCUGGCUCGGCGGCAAUGGCAGCUGUUGCGGCACGUCGAGGCAGCCUGUUCCCAGCGACGAGCGCACUUGCAAGCAAUACAACGCCACGACGCUCCAGCAUCUUCUCGGUGACCUCGGACAAGGAUAUGGAUGUGCUGGAGCAGACCACCAUAGCGGAUCUGAUUCGCGCUCUCGAAGUGGUGCACACGCAUGCGGUGCUCGAUGAGCAUCAGAAGGAACAGCAGCAGGCGGCGGCUGCCAGCUCCAGUGCAAAGCUGACCAAGAAGCAACGAAAGCUGGGCAAUGCCGGUCUCGAUCCGCCCCACCUGCCGCCCAUCUUGUCCUUGUUUGCGGGUGACCAAACGCGCACGCUGCAGGCAACAGCAGCCAAUCGCUUGUACGCACGUCGCUCCACCAUUGUGGGCACCAUGUCGCCCAGCGGUAGCAGCGGCUUGGCCACGCGUCGUCCAUCCGGCAUACACAAUUUGGAGCCGCCGCCCAGUUACACAGAGAAGCCGUUGACGCCCUCAGCGUCCACGCCUGUGGGUCAGUCCAAGUUUCGACGUCGCUUCAGCGUGCGCCCGACCGCACUGCAAAUACCGCCUGGACAGGCGCCGCCGCCAGGUGUCAGUCUCAGCGAGGAACCCAGCCCGAUGAGCAGUUCCCAAUCGGCGCUGCAGAGGCGCCUUUCGCUGCGACCAUCGCCGCUGGCACGCGAAUUGUCGCCAACAUCGCCAACAGGCUCUGGUGGCAUUGGCGCCAAUGCUGGGCAGGAUGAGGCGGGCACCUCAACGGCGCGACUGUUGCCUGCGUCGCUAAUGCGUCCCAGCACAAGCAGCACACAUUCUCCAUUGUCGCGCAUUGUGCAAAUAUCGCAGGCGCAGCGCAAGAGUAGCAUGCCGGAAGGCUUUGCCACUCGCAAGCCUGGAACCGGAACCGGGCCAGGCAGCGGCAGCGGCAGUGGAAGUCCAAAUGCCAGCGACAAAUAGUUAAGGAACCAGCAGAUCGUCUCUCAAAUGUGUUUUCUAGUUUGUAGUUAAAUUAAUAAUUGUUGCCAACAUUUU